CCAUAAACAUCCGGGAAGUUGCCACGACAUCCACGUAACAUUUCGGCAAGACAGAUUUGUUUGAAAGAGAGUUAAAUAGAAUUUUAAAAAAUUCAAAUUUCAUCAAGAUUAAAAUUACUUGAUUUUUUUGAAUCUCUGGCUUAAAAAAUGGUUCGAAUUCCCAUUAUACUACUUAUGCUUUUCGCAUACAAAGUGUCUGCUUCUGAAUUAACGUUUGAACUACCGGAUAAUGCUGUACAGUGUUUUCACGAAAUUAUUAAGAAAGGAACAAAAGCAACCAUUGAGUACCAGGUUGUUACCGGUGGUAAUUAUGAUGUCGAUUUAGAAGUAAAAGGCCCAGGAGGUAAAAUUUUGUACAAGGAACAAAAGAAGCAAUAUGAUACAUUCAACUGGGCAGCUGAUGAAGAUGGUGAACAUGUGUUUUGCUUUAGUAAUGAAUUUUCAACUUUCACUCAUAAAGUAGUAUAUAUGGAUUUAAUGGUUGGAGAAGAAAAACCCUUAACGAAGGGUAUGGAAAGCCAUCAUACAGCUUUAACGCAGAUGGAAACGUCUGCAGUAUCUGUACAUGAAGCUUUGAAGAGUAUAAGAGACUUUCAAACUCAUCAUCGCUUGAGAGAAGCUCAAGGAAGAGUAUACGCAGAAGAACUAAACGAAAAAGUUCAGUUCUGGUCGAUAGGAGAAUCCAUAAUAGUUUUGAUAGUCGGCAUAGGUCAAAUUAUAGUUUUGAAGAGUUUUUUCACCGAUAAACGCCCAACGACUCUAAGUACAUAG